AUGGAUCAAGCAGAUGCAAUAGUUCUUGAUGUUCCGCAAACUACUCUUGAUUCCUUUCCACCGUCAGUCAUUAAACAGAUUUUUAUCUAUGCUGGUCCUCAUAAUAAUUUGCCACUAGUCAAUAAGCGAAUCAACCAAAUAUUGAGGUUUGACCCGAAUGUUGGACGCGACCUAAUUCCUAGAGAUAGGCUAUUGUUAUUUAACCCAGAGUUAGACGAUGACCCAGAUGUUUAUUUGGAGAAUUGGUCUCUAGUGAAGCUGAUGGUAGAACACUAUUAUCUAUUCGAUAUGAAUGAACGAUUGGAUUUUGAUCUAAUAGAUACAAAAUUUGAAUUUUACAACCAUCAGUUGGAAGAAUACGAGUCACGAUAUGGGAGAGUAGUGACACAAGAUACGGUUGCUCCAUUGAUAUCAGAUAACUUAAACGUUUUGCUGCACAUAAUACUGGAGUAUAAGAGCCAUAAAUAUGCAUUAUUAGACAGUUUUUUUUAUAAUAAACUUGCCACUGUCUCGACUAUAAGGAAACUUCUCUGGGAAAAAGUUAUAAGUAAGCUUACGGUAGAAGCCCGAAAGAAGUAUACGUCGUCGAUCAAUACGUACGAUUUAAUGCAAUUUCGAACAAUGAAAGAAAUCAACUUCCAUAAAAUAAGGAGAUUACAGAUUAUUCGAUUUAAGUUUGAUGAAUUGCAGUACUAUUUUACAAGAUUACCAAUUGAAAUCGCAACUGGUCGAUUUGAACCAAUUCCAGAGAUUUAUCAUGAAGAUUACAUGGACAUAAUUCUAAAAAGCCGAAACCAGAGUACUACAGCAAUAGAAGACAACCCAGAGCUUCCUGUGUAUGAUGACGAAGAGUCCCCAAUUGAGGGUUUCGAGGAUUUUGGUUUGAUAGAUCUGUUUUAUGCCGUUGAUCUUUGUUUGGAGGUUAAAUAUGUGUCCCCAUCACCUUUCGAAAGCAAUGUCGUGUGGGCCGUAUCCCCAGCUCUAGUGAAAAGAGACCUAGAGUUAGCUUUUGAAAGAAUUUCAAUUGAUUACAUUCGCGAUCCUGAUGCGGUAGUUUCCGCCAUCUUGAGAUGGUUUCAUCCGGAGUCGAUUAGCACCUAUUUACCUAAGCACCCGUUUCGAGAUUACGUGUUGGAAACUCUUGAGAACAGAAUCGAUUGGGAAGCAAGCGGAAGUUUAACUGUAUUAUAUGCAAUGUUUGACUUGUUCGAUGUUUAUUCAAAACAGGAUUUUGAAACCAUUGAAAGCAGGCGUAUCGCUGCUUUUAUGUUGGAAGACAUUAUAGAUGGAAUGAGCGCUUUCGUUCAUCACUAUUGUAAGACACUUGACUUCACAAAAAUGUCGAAAUAUCUACGAGAUUUGAAUAAUACGGCUCUCGUAAACAGGCUAAUAGUUCGCCGGUUCCCAUUGGGCAGUCUUUACGAUGAAUUAUAA